AUGUCUAAUAACGGCGGUUCAGACAGUGACGCAUCGUCAUUCAGACGACCAACACGCAAGAGCGGCAGCCCACUACGCUUCUAUUGCAACGAAUGUGACAAAGAAGUGAAGUAUGCUCAACAGCAUCGGCCAGGGCCUGCACCUACCCUCUGUUCAUAUUGCCAAGAGAAGGCCCGGGCAAAGAAACGCAAGCGUUCAGCAAGUGUCACCGAGGACGAGCCGGCGAUGGCUCCUGGGGUUGGUACGGACUCAAAUGGGACAUUGUGUGACUCAACAGUGCAACAAGUCACAGUUGAUGAAGACCAAGAAGAACUCGAGGUCGCCCCUGCCGGAGCAAGAUCGACACGUCGCGGCUCUCCCGCUCACCAAAACGGCGAAUACCUCGAGAUCAGGCUGACGCCACCAACAACCCGGGAGAACUCUGCGUUGUCGCCAAUCGUGGAAAAGUCUUCAUCGGCACACUUUGAAUCCGUCCAGGCCGCAGACCAGACUGCCGCUCCCAAGGAAACGACCCUCAACCACAACAACACGACUGUCACGUCUGAUGGACAGAGCGUGCGAUCAGGGAAUCCGCGCGGAAACAAAGAUGGCCACGUCGGCGGCGCGUCGACUCCUGCAGCCCGUCCUACUCCAACAUUGUAUCGCUUCACCCAACCAGCUGCGGCACGUCACAUCGCACAUCUAGAGCAGAAGCUCGAAGCUGAGGAAGAACAGAAUCGUGAGAAUCGACGGGAGAUUGGUCGACGCGCCCUCGCCAAUGAUGACCUUCAAAUCGCACUCAAGAAGGCAACUGACGAGCUCGCGGAACUUGCUAGCAAGAGUGUCAAAGCGCGGAAGGAUGCUCAGAAUGAGAUUCGUGGGUUGAAGGAGGAGAACGCCACGCUUCAGGAGCAGAUUGAGGAACUCCGGCAGAAUGGACAGGCUCCAUUGCAGGAGGAGAACAUCAGUCUCCAGCAGCGCUUAGACGCGUCCAAUCAGCGUAUCGAAACGCAACGUGGGGUGAUUGAUCAGCUUCUCGGACGCUUGCGGGGGUGGGCUGAGGUGCACGACCAGAUGGGAGGUUGGCAUGACCAAGGGGUUGAGUGGUACAACCGGAUGGGUGAGCUGAGGCGGGAAUAG